AUGCACUACGGCGCAACCCCGCUCCCCGGCGCCGUCGUCCUCUCCGAGUGCGCGUUGCACCCCUACCCACCCAUCUCACCUCCCGCAAAGGCAGACAUCACGCUCAAUGGGGCGCCGUGGCAGCUGUGGCGGGUGCUCCGCGAGCCGCUCGUGCCGGGCCCUUCGACCGAGUUUAAGGGACCCAACCCGGUCGUCAAGAACCUGCCGGUGGGCAGCGUGGUCGACAUCGUGGUGCAGAACGAGCUGGACGGAGAUGUGGAAGAAGCGAAGAGGGAUGGAGUGGUAAACAUGGUGGAUCCGCCGAUGGGCUUCUUCCACGAGCUGCCGCCCAAGGGCUCGCUGGCGAUACGCUGGCGCAUCGAGCAGCCGGCGAUGACCAUGUUCCAUGUCUUCAACGCGAAGCAGUUUGUGAUGGGCAUGCAGGUGCCCAUGUUCGAGGGGGACGAUCGCUGGCCCGAGGUGCCGGAGAGCGUGCGGGCGAGGCCGCACGUCGAGUUUAAGAUGCCGGAGAGGAUGGGAAUCUUUGACUAG